AUGUUUUCGACAGUGUCCUCACUGAUAGAUGAGAGUGGCGCACAAGAACGAUCAUCUGUAGAGGACUUUGCAGAUAUUGAUUUUUGGAAAACAAACCAGGGUGCUUUGGAUUUCCUAGAUCGUGCGGCGAAGGCGGUGUUUUCAGACGUGGCCAAUCCAGUCGACCGCGUCCUGGCGAUCCCGACGGAUGAAUUAUCCAGGACGCGGUCGACUGGGUCGGAUUAUCCAGAGACUGGCAUGGUGCAUUAUCCGCUUUCGCCGAGCGUGGAGCGCGUUCUCGUAAAGGAUUACGGGGUGACAGUGCGAAGAGACUGGGACCUACGGCGGGAUAUCUUGAACAACUUACACGACAGUCAUUUUUGGGUCAAUUUCGUGUCGAACAGUACAGCAUACCUGAAUAUGGUGUGCGACCAGUUCAAACUCUUAGUGCUUUUACAGCUGGCUCAGGAGUAUGUGGGUGGGGUGCUCGCGAUCGAUUCCGACUACACAAUAGUCCAGCCUUUUCGCGUGUUGCAGUACCUGACCUUUCUAGCGCUACACGAAAAUUUUGCCACCAUGAUACCCGAAGGACCGUUGCAUGUGGUAUGA